AUCUGGGUCAGCAUGGCCAUGACGGGCCGAAGGGCCGGUUUCUGUGCUGUUGGACUCUAUGAUUGUAUUAGUAUUGGGAUCUUUUGGUAGUGAGCAGAAUUCUGUGGGAAGUAACAGGUUUACUCCAAAGGUAGACACAAAAUACCGGAUUAACUCAGUUAGGUAACUCUGGAGAGAAGGAACGGGUGACGUUUUUGGGUCGAGACCCUUCUGCAGACUUUCAAUAUACAUAGAAACAUAGAAAAUAGGUGCAGGAGGAGGCCAUUCGGCUUUUCGAGCCAGCACCUCCAUUCAAUAUGAUCAUGGCUGAUCAUCCAGAAUCAGUACCCUGUACUGGCUAUUUCCCCAUAUCCCUUGAUUCCGUUAGCCCCCAAAGCUAAAUACAACUCUCUCUUGAAAACAUCCAGUGAAUUGGCCUCCACUGCCUUCUGUGGCAGAGAAUUUCACAGAUUCACAACUCUCUGGGUGGAAAGCAUAUUACAACCAUUUCCCUUUUAAGACUGAAGCCUGCUGGACUUUGGACACAAGAGCAGAGGUUGUACUUUGGAAUUUUUAGUUUAUAUUUGAUUCUUUGUUUCACAAAACCAAACAAGGACUCUGGCUUCAGAUAUCAGUGAGGACACUCGGAUGGCACGGGGCAGCUGAUCUGUGUCAUUGCAGAUCUCGAUGGUUGUUAGAAAACUGCAGCUGAUGAAGAAACAAGCAAGGGUGGGCAAUAGGGGGAAGACACGGAGGUUGCUGCUGGCUGGAGUGGUGGUCCUCAUCCCCCUCCUCAUCUACCUCAUCAACACCAACCUCUCCCAGUUUCCACCUUUAAACCCUUGGAUAUCAGUGCAUGAAGAUGGCCAGAGAGAUGACCACCAACACAGGGCGGAGAAUCCUGUGGCUCAGGGUUCCACUCAACAGUGCAGCAACAAUUUCCAGAUUCAUCGACUCCAAGCUGCCUUCCACGCCAGCGUGACUAAGGAUGAAGAUAUCUCACUGAAAAGUUACCUUGAAGGAUGGACAGAACUCCAAAAAUUCAUGAAGGCCCUUGGCUCUGUGUUUGGAUUUAUAUCGGAUGAGUUGAGCAAUAAGAUGAAGAUCAUCUACCAAUAUCAACAUGGAGCGACAGGGAAAGCCUACUCCACAGUGAAGUCCAUGAUUGAGUUUGAAUUGAGGAACGACCAGGUGAACUUCAGUGAGCUUGGCGGUGAAAGACUGGAGUCGGGCAGCCGAACGUUACUGCGUCUCCACCGUGCACUGCAGUGGCUGCAGCUCUUCCUUGGCCAGUUGCGUUCCUCCCAUGAGAACAGCUCCAUGUACCAGAUGUGUGCCGAUGCUUACUGGCGGUCCCUGGGCAAGCACCACAGCUGGCUGGUGCGGCAGGCAGCUGCCUUAGCCUUCCUGGCCCUCCCUACACGGGCAGAGUUCCUGCACAUCCUCUGUAUGCGGGACGGAGUGGAAAGCAAAGCCCAGCUACACAGUUCCGUCCUCGCCAUCGAGAGAGUCUACAACAUCACGCAACACCUGUACGCACAGCACAGGAUGCUCGAGCUGCCCUAGUCAUAAGCUGCCCCGCCAACACAACAGUGUCAUUGAGUCACACUGUGUGAAAACUGGCCCUUCAGCCCAACCAGUCCAUGCUAACCAACAUGUCGCAGCUAGAUGCAUUCAACAGAGAGUUAGAUUUAGCUAUUAGGGCUAACUGAAUCAACGGAUAUGGGGAGAAAGCCGGAACGGGGUAUUGAUUCUGAAUGAACAGCCAUGACCAUAUUGAAUGGCGGUGCUGGCUCGAAGGGUCAAAUGGCCUAGUCCUGCACCUAUUUUCUAUUUUUCUAUGUCUACACUAAGAUCAUAAGUGAUAGGAUCAGAAUUAGCCAUUCAGCCCAUCAAGUCUACUCCGCCAUUCAAUCAUGGCUGAUCUAUCUCUCCCUCCUAACCCCAUUCUCCUGCCUUCGCCCCAUAACCUCUGACCCAUACUAAUCAAGAAUCUAUCUAUCCCUGCCUUAAAAAUAUCAAUUGACAUGAACUUCACAGCCUUCUGUGGCAGUGAAUUCCACAGAUUCACCCCCCUAUGAAUAAAUAAAUUUCUCCUCGUCUCCUUUUAAAAGAACGUCCUUUAAUUCUAAGGCUGUGUCCUCUAGUCCUGGACUCCCCCACUAGUGGAAACAUUAGUCCCACCUGCCUGCAUUUGGCCCAAAUCCCUCCAAACAUAUCCUAUCCAUGUACCUGUCUAAAUGUUUCUUCAUGAGAAGGGGAAUCAGCAGCAAUCAUAGCACUCAUUAACUUGAACUUUAGUUUAGUUUAGAUACAUCGCAGAAUGUAUCCUUCAGUCCACAGUGUCUGUGUCGACCAACAAUCACCCGUUCGUACUGGUUAGAAACAUAGAAAAAUAGAAAAUAGGCGCAGGAGUAGGCCAUUCGGCCCUUUGAGCCAGCACUGUCAUUCAAUAUGAUCAUGGCUGAUCAUCCACAAUCAGUAUCCCAGUUCCUGCUUUCUCCCUAUAUCCCUUGAUUCCGUUAACCCUAACAGCUAGAUCUAACUCUCUCAACAUCAUCUAUGUUAUCCCACUUUGCCAAGCACUCCCUACACACGGGGGCCAGUUUGCAGAAGCCAUUUAACCUACAAAGUUGCACGAUUUUGGAGGAAACCUGAGCACCCAGAGAAAUCCCCCACGGUCACAGGAAGAACGUACAAACUCCACACAGACAGCACCCGUAGCCAGUGUUGGAUCUGGGUCCCUGGCGCUGUGAGGCAGCAGCUCUACCCGCCGUGCCACCUCUAUAAAUUGCAAUAAACAUGUUUAAGUACAAAACAAUUGUCCAAUUCGGGGGGGGGGGGGGCAGAGUAGCAGCAAAAUGGUGUAAUCGGAGUAAACGCGUAUACUUACUAUUGGCUGAUUCCACAUUUGUUUCAUUAGGCGAUAUCAACAAUUAGUAACAAUAAAAUGCAUUUAUAUGGCGCCUCUCUCAAGGUUAAGGCUGGUGGAUCGGUAAGGAGCAGGGAACCAGAGUUUAAUUUAAUUUAGUUUGAGAGAUUCGGCAUGGAAACAGGCCCUUCGGCCCAUUGAGUCUGCUCAGACCAGCCAUCACCCGUUCAUACUAGCACCAGGAAUGAGUGAGUUAACCUAUGAUGAGCGUUUGUCGGCUGUACCCGCUGGAGUUUGAAAGAAUGAGGGGGGACCUCCUUGAAACUUACUGAAUAGUGAAAGGCCUGGAUAGAGUGGAUGUGGAGAGGAUGUUUCCAUUAGUGGGAGAAUCAAGGAGAUGAGGAAACAUUUCUUUAGUCAGAGGGUGGUGAUUCCGUGGAAUUCUUUGCACAGAAAGUAAUGGAGGCCACAUCAGUGGAUAUUUUUAAGAGAGGAUAGAUUGAUUUUUGAUUAAUACAGGUGUCAGAGGUUAUAGGGAGAAGGCAGAAGAAUGGGGUUACGAGGGAGAGAUAUAUCAGCCAUGAUUGAAUGGCAGAGUAGACUUGAAGGGCCGAAUGGCCAAAUUCUACUAUCACUAAUGACUUUAUGACCUUCGACCCACAGAGACAACGCAGACCAACAAUCUCAUGUGUAGGAUAGUUCUAUCCUACACAUGAGGGACAAUUUACAGGAGCCAAUUAAAUAAAUAAGAAUGCCUUGAGGUGGAAGGAAUAAAAUAUUACUUUAGUCUCCCGUCCCAUCUGACAGGAAUCUUGUCAAAAUUUGGGAAACCAAGAGCCAGCCUCUGGUCCCAGGAAUUAAAUUGACAAAAUCUUUACCUGUCCACCAUUUCUUUCAUCCCGACCAGCAACAAUGAUUCCCGACAUCAGCUCCUCCCGGUACUUGUAACACAUGUCUCUGAACAAAUUGGCAGCCGUCUGCACCAGCGGAAGUUCAUCAAGUUCAAUGCUGUGAAGAAAGGAAGUAUUUAGUUUUUAGUUUUUGCGAUUGGGAUUGAACCUGGGUCUCUGGCGCUGUGUGGCAGCAGCUCUACCCGCUGCACCACCAUGCCGAUCCAUUUGCAACGUACCUGUGUGUGAAGUCAUAUAUUUUAAGUUUGUUUAAGACCAAUCAUUGUGGAGCCAACUGAGGAAAAGGCUGUGCAACGGGCUGGUGCUCAUUCAUCAUCUUAUUACAUACAACGUGUUGUUAAUCCGGACAGGGUGCAGAAGAAGUGUCGAAGCUACAGGGCAAGGUUGAGCAGGCUGGGACUCUAUUCUUUGGAGCGCAAGAGGAUGAGGGGAUAUCUUAUAGAGAUGUAUAAAAUCAUGAGAGGAAUAGAUCAGGUAGAUGCACAGUGUCUCUUGCCCAGAGUAAGGGAAUCGAGGAUCAGAGGACAUAGGUUCAAGGAAAAGGGGAAAAGAUUUAAUAGGAAUCUGAGGGGUAACUUUUCCACACAGUGGGUGUAUGGAACGAGCUGCCGGAGGAGAUGGUUGAGGCUGGUAGUGUCCCAUCGUUUAAGAAACAGUUGGACAGGUACAGGUCUGAAGAAGGGUUUCGGCCCGAAACGUUGCCUAUCUCCUUCGCUCCAUAGAUGCUGCUGCACCCGCGGAGUUCCUCCAGCACUUUUGUGUACCUUCGAUCUUCCAGCAUCUGCAGUUCCCCCUUAAACACAGGAACAUGGAUCGGACAGGAUGUGUGGAGGGAUAGAACAUGGAAAUUAGGUGCAGGAGUAGGCCAUUCGGCCCUUCGAGCCUGCACCAAACGGAUAUGGACCGAAUGUGGGCAGGUGGGACUAGUGUAGAUGGGCCAGUAUGGGCAAGUUGGGCCGAAGGGCCUGUAUCCACGCUGUGUGACUCUGUGACUCUGUGACAUGGGGCGGUGCAGCAACUGGCCCUUCGGCCCACAAUGGCCGUGCCCAACAUGAGAUGGCGGACUAAAACCGUCUCCAUCAAAGAUCUUAGA